AUGGUCAGUGGGAAUCUUUUAUUUAAUAAUAAUAACAAUAGUAAUGAAGAAGAAAUAUCAGAAAAUAGUUUCCCAAUUUCAACAAAAGAUAUAAUAAUAAAAUAUAAUAGAAAAGAUGAAAUAUUAAAAAAUAAUUUAUAUAAAAAUAAAGCAGGAUGUAAUGUUUAUUUAAGAGACAUUAGUUAUUUCGAAAUAAUAAAAAAUGAAAAAAUAGAAUUAUUAAAAGGUUUAGAUCUUUAUUUAAAACCAAAAGAAAUGACGUUGGUUAUUGGUGAUAACAGUUGUAAAUAUUUAUUUAAUAUAUUACGUGGGAAAUAUAUUGAUAAGUUCCUUUCAGGUCGAAUGUUAUUCAAUGGCAAUACAAUAUGUAAAGAUAUUCAUCACAGAAAUGUGUCAUAUUUACAACCCGAGGAUGCACAUAUGCCUUUAUUAACAAUUAAAGAAACAUUAAGGUUUGCCUUAGAUUGUCAAUAUAAUGAUAGCGAAAUAUCAAGUGGACUCAAAGAUGAAAUUAUAGAAAAUGAAUUAAUAAUAGCUGGUUUAUACAAUAUCAAAGAUGUAUUGGUAGAUAAAAUAGAUAUUCUAGAAAAAAGGAAAUUAACAAUUUUGACAAGUUUAAUCAAAGGUCCAGGUUUGAUCUUGGGCUAUGACAUAACAAAUGGAUUAGAUCCAGAAGAUUCAUUAGAGUUAAUAAAGUUAAUAGGUAACAAUAUUGAUUACGGGUAUUCAAGCGGAAUAGUUUUUUUGCAACAACCAAGUGUGGAAAUUUCAUCUUUAUUCACAAAGUUAAUAAUAAUGCUAAAUGGAGAAAUUUACUAUUAUGGUUCAAUGUCGGAUUCAUUGAAAUAUUUCAAAGAGAAUGGAUUUCAUUGCCCGCCCCAUCUAAACCCAACCGAUUACUUCCUUUCAGUUUUGGAGGAUCCAGCAAAGUAUACUGUUAUUGAGCCAUCUUUAUCAUUUAAUCAGUUUAAAAAUGCAUACAAAGAAUCAAGCGAUCAAGAUUUAAGUUUUUUUCAAAUAGCAUAUACCAAGUUUUGUUCUAUUUAUGCAUCAACAGUAGAGAUUUCAUUUAUAAUUUUCAAUGGAUCGAUCCCAAUCUUAAUGCUUUUGUCCGGGUUUGCUCAGCCUAAUGUUAGAGGUUGGUGGAAUUGGUUACAUAUUUUAUCACCAUUCACAUAUGUUUUUAGAGGUUUAAGUGUAAAUAAUUUCAUUGGUCAAACUUAUUAUUGCGAACCCUUUGAAUAUGUACCACCGCUCAAUGAUCCAUUACUAAAUGCAACUUAUCCAAUAGGUUAUGAGGGAAAUCAAGUGUGCCCAAAGACAACCGGUAAAGAAUUCAUAGAGGUUUCUAAUAUUACACAAAACAACGGAUUUCAAUGGAUAUGUGUUUCAAUUGUAUUGGGUUAUGCAUUAUUUUUUUAUACAGUUAGUUAUAUUGGUUUAAAAUUUAUAAAAUUUGGGACAAAAAGGCCCAAACCAAAAGAAAAAGAAAAAGAAAAAAAGAAAUAUAAAAAUCAAACAAUUAUAGAUAUAAAAGGUUUUAAAAACUAUAAUACUGGCUCGUAUUUAGUAUUUAAAAACAUUUAUUAUUAUAAAGAAAAAAAAAACAAAUUAUCUAAAAAGGAAAAGAGUUCACAAAUAUUAACCGAUAUUAAUGGAUAUGUAAAUCCAGGUGAAAUGUUAGCAAUAGUGGGUCCACCAGGGUGUGGGAAAUCAAAUCUAUUAAGAAUAUUAGCAAAAAGAAAAGUAAAUGGAGUUUCUGGCGAAAUUAUAAUAGAUAAUAGGCUUUUAGAUGAUUAUCUAUUCAAAAAUAUUAGCAUUGUUGAACGAAAAGACAUAUUUUUACCAGAGCAAACUGUUAGAGGUCUUUUAUCCUUUUCAGUUCAUUGUAGAAUAAACCACAAAAUAUUAAAAAAAGAAGAGCGAGAAGAGUUCAUAGAGCUAUUAAUGGAUAUUUUAAAAAUCGAGCAUGUUAAAAAUUCAAAAUUAGGUACAUUAUCACCUUCCAAAAGAAAAAGAGUAUCCAUUUGUGUUGGUUUAGCAAAUAAUCCUUCAAUUUUAUAUUUAGAUCAACCCACAAUAGGAUUAUCUCAGUCCAAAUCUCUUAAACUCAUUAAAGAUAUUUCCAAUAUUUGCAAAAUAUUAAAUACAACUAUAGUGGCAACCAUGCACCAACCGUCAUCAACAACAUUAGAAAAAUUCGACAGUUUAUUAUUAUUGAAAAAAGGUGAAGCUGCUUAUUUUGGCCCUAUUGGUAGAAACUGCUGCAAUGUUUUAAAUUAUUUUAAUCAAUAUGGUUUCAAAAUAAAAAAGUACAUGGAACCAUUAAAAUUUAUUUUAUCGAUUAUAAGUGAAGAAACAAAUGAGCAAUAUAGUCCCCAAAGCAAUGAUGGUAUAAUAGGUUAUAAAAAUGAAAGAAAAGGUAGUAGAAAAAGAGUAUAUGAUUUUCAGGUAAUAAAAGAGAAAAAAAAAUUAUUUGAUGCAGUAAAAGAAUAUAAAGAAUCAAAUAUUUAUAUUGAAGAAUUACAGACAUUAGAGAACAUUGCAAUCAAUAGAAAGGAAUCAGAAAUAUAUGAUAAAGGUGUGUAUUCUACCACAUGGCUCCAACAAUUUAGAUUGGUUUUCAAGAGGGCAUUUAAAAAUAGAAUUAGAAGGCCAACUGUUUAUUUUGCAAAUUUUAUAAGAUCUUUGCUAUUUGGUAUUUUUUUUGGAACAUUAUUUAUUAGGAUGGGGUAUGAACAACCUGAUGCAAGAGCUAAAGUCAGUUUCUUUUUUUUUUCUUUUUUCUUUGGAACUAUGGUUUGUUCUGGUAGUAUUCCACAUGUAAUUUUGGAAAAAAAAAUAUAUGUAAGAGAGUGUUUAUCCAAGUUCUAUCAUCCAACUGCAUAUAUAUCCGCGUUCUUAAUUUCUAGUUUACCAUUUUCAGUUUCCAACAGUGUAAUAUUCAUUGUACCUUCUUUUUUCUUAUCAAACUAUGAUACUGGUCAUCAUUCAAGUAAAUUUUGGUAUUGUGUAUUUAUAUAUAUACUUACCUUUGUACUGUAUGAUUUUAUGGCGAUAACAUUAGCUUGUUUGUUAAAUAGCAAUGUUAGCCAACCGGCAUGCAUUAAUAUCAUCCUAUUAGCAAUUUUGUUUGGCGGGUUUUUGGUUAUGAAACCAACUCUAGAAAAUGGGUAUAUUUGGGCUCAUUACUUAGACUUUUUACUUAGCUAUAGUUUAGAAGCAGUAACAACAAAUGAAUUUCAAGGUUUAACAUUCCAUUGUCCCAAUAAUCGAGGUGCUGUUCCUGUUCCUCUCCAAUUAUUGGAUCAAUAUUAA